AAUUUAAACUGCGCAGUUUAAAUUUUAUCGUUAACGGUCAGUAUAGUUCUUCAUCUAUGGUGUAACCUGUCGAUGAGAAUUCAGCAAUUGCUAUUAUAUAUUAUAUUUCUAUUAUAUAUUAAUAUGGCAAGUGGAAUAAUCAAGAAGAAAUCUAAAAAACCAUACAAACAAUACCUACAACCGGGAAACUUAGAACAUAUGUGCUCUAAUGUUAAAAAACGGCUGGAAAAAAGGCAUUUUCCAUAUAUAUCUUCUCAAGAAUCAUAUAAUCCAAGCGAAGAACAAUCAGUAAGUCCUGCCAGGUCCGACUUUGAAAGCUACGGGGAUUUAAAGAAAAAAACAACAAAUGAAAAUACUUCUUUUAAUAAUAAUGAUCUGUGUGAUAGUUACAUGUGGAAUAGUGACAAAAAUGGUGAUAUUGAUAACAAUGAUAAUACAGAUGAUAUUGAUAUGUGUAAUAACAGUACCAAUAGCACAUAUGAUAAUAAUGACCUUGAUCUUGGCAAUGAAGACAAAAAUGGUGAUAUUGAUAACAAUGGUAAUACAGAUGAAAUUAAUAUGUGUAAUAACAGUGCCAAUAGCACAUAUGAUAAUAGUGACCUUGAUCUUGACAAUGACAAUACAGUUUAUACCGCUGACCAAAUGUGCAACAAUGAUAAUAACAUCAAUGGCAACAUUUUUCAAAAAUAUUCUGAUUUAAAUGAUACUAUGUUUGAAAAAGCGGGAUUAACAAAAUUUGAUGUGCUCGCUAUGAUUUAUUCACUAUCCCUUAAACAUCAGUUAUCUAAUACAGCUAGAGAGGACAUUAUUGAAUUAUUAAAAGUCUGCGCCAACUUAUGCAACGACGACGUAUUUCAAUCGUCAAAUUAUUAUAUGGCAAAAUUUUUUGAACCAUCAAGUCAAGUUUCUAACUAUAUCUUUUACUGUGAGAAUUGUAAAUCUGCUCUCACCGAUCCCUUGGUAAAAGAAUGCGUUCAAGAACAGGUUGUGCAAUGUCCAAAUAAAAAAUGUAAUAAAGAGUACCAAAUUUCUCUAUCAAAAGAUUAUUAUUUUAUCAUAGUCAACACUACGGAUCAAGUAGCUGAUGUAUUAAGCCAAAGGCACGGAACUUUGCACCGCAAUUUGGAAUUAAAUAGCAGCUCUGGUAUGUCAAGUACCAGUGGCAUUUCUUAUAAAAGAUGUAUUUUUAAUAAAACCCUAAUUCAUACUAUAGAAUAUCAAAGAGCUAAACGAACAAGUGACUAUUACGUGGAAAUUAACACAGGAGAUAUUGUACAAGUUUUAAAACUUAUUGUAGUUAAUAAAAUUAGUUAUAUGUAUGUGAAAAAUGUAAACUGUUACAAGUUAAUGUGCGAAAAUGUUCAAUUGCCUCAUAUUUUUGAAGUAGAAUCUCUAAGCGAAUAUGAACAUAUGAUACCAAUUGAACAUUUUACAAGAAAAUGUAUUUAUGUAAACAUUGGAGAGAAGUCUUACAUCUGUCAUUUUCCAAACAAAAAUGAAGUUCAAUAA